GUUGUGUUGGGUGUAGACUAGAUGAACAAGCAGGAAACAUUGGUGUCAAAUAACUAUCAUAUAAAAUUCAUUAGGAAGAUCAGAAUAGGUCAAAAGCACAAUAAAAAAUAAUGGGGAAACAAAUAAUGAAAACAUAAAUAAGAAAGAAUAUAAAGCAUUAUCUGUACCCGCACUCACUCUUGCGGGUGAACCGCUUGAAGUUGUUGAUAAGUUUGUGUACCUGGGUAGUUGUGUGAGUGCUGGCGGAGGGGUGACGGAUGAGAUUUCCAACCGUAUAAUGAAGGCUAGGGUGGCAUACAUCAACUUGAGCCACCUAUGGCGCCGUCGCGACGUUAGCCUGGCUGUCAAAGGUCGGGUACACAAUGCUUCGGUGCGGGCUGCGCUGUUCUACGCCUGUGAAACCUGGCCUCUCCAAGCUGAGGAUGUGCGGCGACUCUGCGUGUUCGAUCACCGCUGUCUCCACAGGAUUGCUUGCGUUCGAUGGCAUCAUCGCGUGAGUAAUUCUGAGGUUCGGAGGCGUGUGUUUGAACAAAGUGGAGAUCACCAUUCAUUGAAUGUCGUCAUCUGGAAACACCGGCUCCGGUGGCUUGGACAUGUUCUCUGUUCGCUAGCCCUGGGACGGGAUGGAAAAGUCGGAGAGGUGGUCAGUCCAUGACGUGGCGUCGUGGGAUGAAGGAUUUUUGUGCUAGAUUAGCAUCGGUUGGUGUGUCACGACUCCCUGGUUGGGGUCCGAGAGAUAGCUCAAAUCGAUGGCUCGAAACGUUAUCGGAUAUGGCCAAGAAUCGUAAUCAGUGGCGAAUGUGUUGCGAUUUCCUUCUUUCUUCCCUUCCCGAUGAUAGCUAACGAACACUGUUUGAACUUGUUAAGCAUGACUGUUUU